AAAAUGAAUGAAUGAAUACUAUUAGAACUUUAAUAAUGAUGUAGCGUGCAUGAGAAAUUGGAAAGGAAAUCCUAUCUCUUUGACCACAGUGUCAAUUAUUAAGAAUAGCUUCGAAACCAGUGUUGUAAUAGCGGUAAGCGGCAUGAAGAAUGGGGUAAGUAUAACACACGUCACACCAACAGCUGAGUAGCAUAGCUCACAUUUUAAAGCACAUGCAGAGGUAGAUGAAGCAGUUGGAUGCCGACUGUUCAUAUUUCAAAUGCAGCAGAUUUAGUAGGAGCAUUUGGUUCUAAUGACUUAUAGAGUGUCAAUAAAGGCUAGCGAUCAGUAAUCUAUUCAUAAGUAACAUUUUUAAUACUGUCAUGAAAUAAUGGGGAUAGGAAUGAGCAUAACUACUACAGUAUGUCUACUACAGUACAUCACCAUCAUCCCGCAUUAGGUUGGUGCUCCAGUUGCACCUCAGAGUGACACAUCUGUCCUUUCACGGUCCACUGAAAACAACAAGAGGGGUGCACGUGAGAGGGUCAUAGUGAGGGGGGGCGGCACGCUGCAACUGCAUGAGGGAGAGCUCAACACAGCUCAGCAAGCGAGUCGCCGCUGUUACGCAAGAGCUUAGUCGUCCGGCCCAGCUGGAGAUCAGAGAGCAAGAGCGAAAGAGUGAAAGAGAGUUGUAGAGAGGGAGAGGAGCAAACAGAGUGAGCAGCAAAGCACAGGAGGAACACAAACACUCACUCGCUCUCUUUCUCGGCUUUAGCCUCUUGCAGGAUGCCAGCAUCGUGGAUUGUUCUCUUGCCCGUGAAGCAAGGAGUGGGACACCUCUGGGUGCUGCUACUAUGCACGCUGGUUCCGACCCCAGGCUCAGAGCCCAUCUCGGAGGACUUGCACAACUUUACUGCUCUGAUGCUGCCAGGGAAUUGGACCGCCACCACCAUCCAGCUGCAGCCUGACCUGCAGACAGACAGCGAGACGACAACAGAGGUACAGACGGAGACGCCGACACCAACCAGCAACUACUCAGGCCUGUCUUGUAUCUCCAUCCUGCCACCACGUCGAGGUUCCUUCUACGUCGAAAGCGGCACGGGGGUGUCAAUCGGCAGCGCUUUGGCCUUCUGGUGCCGUGAGGGCUACCAGCUGGUGGGCAGCGAUAAAAUCUACUGUAACGUCCGCAAUGGUAAAGCACAGUGGAGCAACUACCUGCCUGUUUGUGAGGCCAUCCCCAGGCCGGAGGACCGUGGAUUGAGAGUAGCAGUGCUGGCGUCAGUGGUGAGCGGUAUCGUCAUCCUCGCCAUGUCACUUUCCUUCCUCAUUUGCUGCCUGCAGGAACGAUCCAGCAAGAAAAAAGCCAAAAAAGAAAUUCGGACCAGGCGCAGGGAAAAGCGUUCCACCCGUCGCAAUGAGCGAUGGCUGGAAAGAGAGGAAGGAGAGUGGGAGGCGUUCCCUCCUCCUAAAAUAUUCCAUUUGUCCCAGAGGAUGAACCCCCGCCUGGCACCGGACAGCCCCCUAUACUUGACUGGAGGCCUCAGUGGAUAUGAGAACAGAGGAUAUCAGAGGAGCCAAGAGAGUCUACUUAAGGCGCCCACACCUGGCAUCUACCGCUCCGAGUCCCAGCUCUACCCACACGUGGUCCUGCAGAGGGUCCUGCCCCCGACGGCGCCCUCCGCCCCUUCGGCUCCCUCUGCCCCGCUCUACCUCCACCUUCCCACCUCCUCUUCCACCGCCUCCACGCCUGCGCACACGACAACCCACUCUCAGGCUCACAUGACGGGGCAGUACCCCACGCCCACAUACCCUCCUCACCCCAACACUACUGCGCCACCGUUCCACCACCAGCCCGUCCCGGCGCCAAUCUACCCUAACCCCAACCCGACGCCACAGCAGCCAUGGCAGUGAGUUUUACUAUGAAUGCAAAGAUGGACGUCUCCAGCAGGAAGUCAACAGGUGUUUCCUGAGCCUGUGUCGCCGUCGGCAGCCAAAACUACAGUCAGUAGGACGGUUGUGGAGGUUCUGUUCUAAUCACCUUGGGUUUGUCCGUUUGUUGAGUUGUUGGUGUGGAAUUUCUCGUGUACAGUUUUUUAUAUAAAAACCCAAGUUAGGUGUUCUUCUAAGACAGACGGGGAUCGCUCCUUCCCACACAAACUAACAGGGUACUUUGGUUAUUAUGUGUAUUAUUUUGGGGGGUGCUAAAUCAAAAAUGUGCUGUUUUAGUGGCUUUAAGGAUGCUUUCUCUCUCUGCAGGGGUGUCCAAACUUUUUCCAGCAAGGCUCGCAUGCAUAAAAAUUGAAAGACGCAGGGACCACUUUGAUACAUUUUCUACAUUAAAGAUGCUAAAACCAAUCCAAUGUAAUGUAGGUCAAUAUAUGCUAAACUUUAUGACCAGCCACAUCUUUGUGUUAUACUAUGUAUCUGGUAACUAAUAAUAUUUAUUUUUACAGUGCAGGCGCACUUUGGACACCCCUGACUGACUAAAUGUCUUUAUUUACUUAUUUAUAUAACAAAUAUGUUUGUCAAAUCGACUGUGAGUACAAACUGCACUGAAUCUGUAGCUUUUGUUCACAUGUGCUAAGAACAGUGGACGUUGCAUUUAAUGUUUUAUGACUGUAUAUUGAAAUGUCUGCCCAAACCCUAUCAACUGUUGCUGAAGUCACUUUAACUGUGCGGCUUUGUAUUUUUAACAGUAGCACUAAAGUAGCCACAGUAUUCAGAUUUGCACUUUACAAAGUUUGUCUUUUGGAAAUAUUUUUGUUUUAUCAUGACAGCUGUAUUACCAAUAAAUGAUUUUUUCUCAAGUUGAAUAGCGUACUGUGUGUUUUCACCAUUU